UGAUCAGCUGUGUCCAAUCAUCACAGCUGAUCUCACUGAUCAUCAGGGCACUGAUGAUCAAUGUAGCCCCAGCAGUGCCACCUGUCAGUGUCCAUCAAUGCCAGCUGUCAGUGCCCAUCAGUGCCACAUAUCAGUGCCUACCAGUGCACAUCAAUGCCACAUAUCAGUGCCCACCUGAGCUGCCUAUCAGUGCCCGUCAGUGCUACCAGUCAGUGCCACCUAUCAGUGCUAUAUACGAGUGCUGCCUUUCAGUGCCCAUCAGUGAUACCUGUCAAUGCCCAUCAGUGCCACCUAUCAGUGCCCAUCACUGCAGCCUCAUUAGCGCAUAUCAGUGA